CCCGGUGGAUAUGGCGGGAAAAUCGUCUAGGGUACAAGAACAUAGAGAAAAAAGAAACCGUAUCAUAAAUUUGCGUCAACACUGUUUCCUUUGCUUCAUUGAUUGAAGAAUGGAUACCAAUGGCAGUUGGGACGAGGACGAGGACGAAGAGUUCGAGUUCUCAAGAAACUAUUUUCUGGCGAAGGAGCUUGCUUCCUCGGCCAAAAAAUCGAAGCACAAACUCACAGACAUCGACGUAGUUGAUGAACAGGAAUUGAGGGAAGCUGCAUCGCGAAUUCAACCCAAGCAUGGGGACGACAUCGCUCUCUUAUUGGACUCCUAUAAAACUAUGUACCCUGAAUGGCUUUUGGCACUAAGGUGUGGUUUCGGGCUUCUAAUGUAUGGAUUUGGAUCUAAGAAGACUUUGAUUGAAGAUUUUGCUUUGACGGCACUGACUGAGUAUUCUGUAGUUGUUAUUAAUGGAUAUCUUCAAUCCAUUAACUUAAAACAGGCUAUGAUAGCUUUAGCUGAAGUUCUGUGGGACCAAAUGAAAACCAAACGAAGGGUUUCAUAUCGGGAAUUGCCAAAGAGCCAAUUGAAUUCUCAAUCAAUGGAAGAACUUCUUACAUUCUUGGAUCAAGCAGAAAUAGAUGAUGUUGAUUUUUUUGUUUGUGUCGUUAUUCACAAUAUUGAUGGACCUGGAUUGAGGGACUCUGAAACCCAACAGUACCUUGCUCGACUAGCUGCCUGUGCCCGAAUUCGCAUUGUUGCCACUAUUGACCACGUCAAUGCUCCACUGUUUUGGGACAAAAAUAUGGCCCACACACAGUUCAAUUGGUGCUGGUAUCACGUUCCUACUUUUGCCCCUUACAAGGUUGAAGGCAUGUUUUAUCCUAUGAUUCUUGCUCAUGGCAGUGCCAGCCAAACUGUCAAAACAGCCACAAUAGUUUUGCUAAGUUUGACACGUAAUGCUCAGAGUGUAUUCAAAGUUCUUGCUGAACAUCAACUCUCUCACCCUGACGAAGGAAUGCCAAUCAGUGAUCUCUACUCAGUCUGUCGAGAACGUUUCCUUGUUAGCAGUCAAGUUACCCUGAAUUCUCAUCUUACUGAAUUUAAAGACCAUGAGCUGGUCAAGAUUAAAAAGCAUUCUGACGGUCAAGAUUGCUUGCACAUCCCACUGACAGCAGAAGCACUCCAGAAAGUGGUGCUUGAGAUCAAUUAGUGAAUUCAAAUGAAACUGAAUGGGGAAGCAAACUAGUUAAAUCGAAAUUGUCUACAAUUGGAUGGUUAAGCAGGCUCUGUUCAUGAAUCAAGGAUAACGAGAUUUAGUUCAAAUAUUCUGUUCUCAAAUUGAGGGUUGUAGGAUUGUUGAAUACCACAAGGUUUAGGUGGAGAACAAAGGUGAUACUCAUUGGAUGUAUUCUUUACUUUAAAAAUGGGAAAAUGUAUAAAAUACAAUGGUUUAUUAAAAUUUGGUUAUAUUGAAAUUGGUACUUCCAAA